UAUUAUUUUAUUUAUUUAUUUUUGGAUUGAAAAGUAUGACAAAAGUUUCGCACAAUUUUUUACGUGAAAUCAGCGAAAUGUCAAUCAAAAGCGGUAAACGAUUUGUGGCCCGACUAUUGCGGAUAAUUUUGGACACUAUUGUGGCCAUCAUCGGUGUCUGGCAUCCGACAAAACUGCGAUAUUUGCCGCCAAUUGACAACAGAGUUGUCCUUAAGAGUGCCACCGAUUUGGCCAAUGAUAUCAAAACCGGAAGGUUGAGAAGCGAAGAAGUGGUGCGUGCAUUCAUCGACCGGUGCCGUGAAGUACAACCACAUAUCAAUGCUAUCAUUAAAAAUGAUUUCGACAAUGCCAUCGAUGAAGCCAAACAAGUGGACAGUCGUAUCAAACAUGCCAUUAGUAAUAACGAGAGUCGCGAUGAUAAUGAAUCGGUUCUUUCGUUGCCAUUUAUUGGCGUCCCUUUUACUGCCAAAGACACGAUGUACGUGAAGGGCAUGUAUUUGACAGCUGGUCUCUACACAAGAAAAGGUAUUAUCGCUGAAAAAGACAAUGAAAUCAUAUCGUUAUUGCGAAAGUCUGGAGCAAUAUUCAUAGCCAUGACUAAUGUGCCCGAACUGGGCAUGUGGUGGGACUCGUAUAAUAAAUUGUACGGUCGAACCAAUAAUCCUUAUGACAAGUCAAGGAUAUCGGGAGGCAGUUCCGGUGGUGAGGCUGCUCUUAUAGCAUCGUGUGGUUCAGUGUUUGGGGUUGGCGCUGACAUCGGUGGCUCCAUUCGUAUGCCUUGUUUUUUCUGUGGUAUAUUCGGCCACAAGACAACACCGCUAGUCUUAGAUCCCGAUCAGGUAUAUCCGCCGCCGUCGCAAAAACGCCGAUCACUGCUCUCUAUCGGACCCAUGUGUCGAUACGCUUGCGAUCUGAAGCCAAUGUUGCGUGUGAUGGCCGGUCCGUCGGCAGCGAAGCUUGAAUUGGACAAACCGGUCGAUUUCAAAAACAUUCGCUUUUAUUACAUGGAGUCCGACGACAACCCAUUUCAUACUCCAAUACAACCGGAGAUAUCCGAUGCCAUGCAUAAAGUGAUCGGUCAUUUCACUAAACAGGGAUCACUUUCUCGUAAGGUUUACUUCAAAGACUUUAAAUACGGUCUCGAGAUAUGGUUGUGCGCUAUGAGCGAUAAGACGACGUACACAACGGCACAACAUUUGGCUAAUCAUAACGGAGAGAUUAAUCCAUUCAAAGAGCUAUUGAAGAGCUUAAUAGGUGUUUCAAACCAUACUUUUUGUGCACUCAUACUGUGUCUGACGGAACUGAUAGCUAAUUCAUUGGAUGAGAAAAGAUUUGAAGAAAUGAAAAACAAUUUAACACAUGAUUUGCACAAACUCUUAGGUAAUAAUGGUAUAUUAGUAUUUCCUGCACAUCCUCAAGAAGCCGUCAAACAUAACGCAACACUGCUUAAGGUGUGGAACGUUGCAUAUACUCAACUAUUUAACACAUUGAACGUUGCCAUUACAUCGGUGCCGAUGGGUCUCACUCGUAAUGGUCUACCCAUUGGUGUUCAACUUAUAUCGUCUCCACUUAACGAUAGGCUGACCAUAGCUGCUGCUGAAGAGCUCGAACGGGCGUUUGGUGGUUGGGUCAGUCCCUGUCAGAUCACUUGUUGAACCAUUACUUUCAAACAAAAUAAAAUUAUUGAUAAAAUCAAUUAAUGACUACUUAUAUAAUGCCAUUACUCCAAAUGCUUUUGAAUUAUUAUGACAAUUGACUUUAUGUUAUAUUUUGAUUAAUUUAUUCAAUUAUUUUUUUUGUUUACAAUAAGCAUUAUAUGUUGUCAAAGCUUUAAUUGUAUUUAUACUCU